AUGGCUGGAAGAAGGAAGACCAAGCGCAGUCGUACUUCGAGCAGUGGAGUUGAUGACCAUCUCAAGAACGUGAAUGAUUCUGAGAAUUUUGUAGGACCAACAACUAAUGAUCCUGAGAUCCAAAGGGUUUUCAAAUUAAUGGAAGUGUGUGCACGAUCAGCUGGGAAGAUGACUAAGGUAGAGGGUUACUGCGAAUCCGGGUUAGAUCUAUGGGUCGAUUUAAAGAUAGAUAGCAAUCCAGAAAAUGAUUUAGAUCACAGUGACUUGCCUCUACCCAUUGCGUCCCCUCAAGGCUCUUCAACAAGUGUGCAACUCUCAGAUUUGGGGCCACAACCAAUUCUUGGAAGCAGUUUUGAUACUGAUGAAAGAGGCAGUGAUCUACUCGUGUCAGCCUCUCCAGAUGCUCAUGUGAGCAAAAUCAAAAUCAGCGAACGAGCUUCUGACGCGAUGGAAGAGCUUUUAAGCUUGGCUUUGGCUCAAGAGCCCCUUUGGCAAGUUGACAAGGAAAACAAUACUGAAAUGCUAAGUGAUGUCGAGUAUAUGAAAAUGGUUAAGGUGAGAGAAUGUCAAUCGCCCCCAACCUUGGAAGUUGACAACUCUCAUGAACUUGAACCAGUUCUUGCAGUUAGUUCUGAAUCUUCACGAGCAGUUGAGUACUUCGAAACUAGUCCUAUCAGCAUUAUUGAACUUUUGAUGGAUUUGGAGCAAUGGUCACUUGCGUUUUCCAAUAUUGUCUCUAAAGCAACGCUAGAGGGAGUUUUGGCAUCAACAGGAGUGGAAAGACACUACGAUGGAACUCUCCAACUGAUGACAGCUGAGUUUCAUGCCCCAACACCACUUGUUCCAACAAGAGAAAGUUCUUUUGCAAGGUAUUGUAAAAAGCUAGGCAGUGGCUUGUGGGGAGUUGUUGAUGUGUCCCCGGAAACGUUGCCCCAAUUUCCAUCAAGAAACUUUCGAAGACGACCAUCAGGCUGUUUGAUUGAAGAAAUGCCAAAUGGAUGCUCUAAGGUUAUAUGGGUGGAACAUGUGGUGGUGGAUAACAGACUGGUUCAUCAUUUUUUUCAGCCGCUGGUCACUUCUGGUUUUGCAUUCUGUGCAAAGCGUUGGGUUAACACUUUAAUUCAGCAUUUUCAAUGGUCUGCAACUGUAAGGGCUCCAAACAGUCCCACCGAUCGUGGCGUGAUUAUAGCACAACCUCAAAGAACAUUCUUCUUGAAGUUUUCGGAGAGAAUGGUAAAACGCUUUUUCAUGGACAUCAGUGCUUCAAGAGAGAACAAAUGGAUGCCAUUUCCAGUGUCGGGUGCUGAUAUAAUGAUAUCAACAAAGAGUAGCACAGAUGACCAUGGAAAGAUUCUAGGUACCACAACUGUGUUCUCUACUUCCGUCCACCUUCCAGCCCCAAGUAAACAAGUAUUUAGUUUACUUCGUGAUGUCAAAUUUCGGAGACAGUGGGAUAUCUAUGGACGCAAUCAUAGAUUCGAUGAGCGUGCUUAUAUAAGCAAUGGUGACAAUCCAGAAAAUGGGGUUUCUAUAUUGCGAGCCAUUAAUGAUGAAACAAAGAAGCUUAACGCAUUGUACAUGCAAGAGAGCUAUACAGCAUCGACAGGCUCAUACAUAGUUUAUGCUCCCUUUGAUUAUGAGCAUGCCGGGAACAAGUUGAUGAAGGAUGAAUGCACAGACCAUAUAACUAUCUUGCCCUCAGGGUUUUCUAUCCUUCCUGACAGAUCGAUCCACCGGGAUGAAACUGGUGGGAGUCUUUUGACCAUUGCCUUCCACGUCGUUGCUGAAUCACCAACUGAUGAACAUGAGCCUUCUAAUCAACAAGGGCUCCUUAUGCACAAUAUUAUUGCAAAGACUGUGAUGUCAAUCAAGGAGGCCCUAGGACUCUCUAUAUGA